AUGAUUAAUCUGGCCACUGAGACUGGACACGUCACUCUUCGUAACUAUUUCAUCGACUCUUUUCCGACCAAGCUCUACUGUGAGAGAGUCAUGAAUGGAGAUCCUGUGGAUAUACCCAUCAGAUUUACAAUUUACCGACAGAAACCAUCCGUUCCAAAAUUGAAGUCAAUAUAUCCCAAAGCUUACUUCUAUAACGGUAAUGAUGAAGUUAAUUCUCGCUACACAUUCUUCGAUGAGAACUGGAUGGAAAUGGAGGGUCUUACAAAUUUGGAGAAACCUACCAACACUGGUGUUGAAAUCGAUGUCUUCCAUCAUUCCGACUGGGUGUUUUCACACAAGGAAAUGAUACCAACGAUUGAUAUCAAGGCAGUUAAAGUUCAAAUAGAAGGUGCUAGGGAAGUAUUCCUACUGACCACUCAGGAGUCGGAAGAAGUUAUAACGUGUCGAGUUAGUGGCACCGAAUUGCCUGAUGAGGAUGAUUUACCAGUGAAGUGGAGUUUUAGCCAGAUCUUUUAUCACCCGGCACCUCCGUUGAUUGAUGGGGCCAAGAUUGUCUUAAAUGACAAAGUUGGUGAAGGAACUUUUUGCAUGAUUUGCACCAUACCUCUUUUGGAGUCCAGCACCCCCACGAAUGAGACAUGCUUUGCCGUUUUACGUAAGUAUUUACUCCCAUCACUAUGA